CGGUGCGGCGUGUGUGAGUGAAACUUACAACUAAGAGUUAACGAAGCAUGACACGCACACGCGUUAAAAACCUAUGAGCUUUUUUCUCAGCCGUGCGUGCAAGUCGCCGGCCGGUGGCACUGGCAGGGCCAUUUACAUUGUGCGCCUAGCAUUAUUGCUCUUAUUAGGUAGGGCCGGCUCCUCCAAACAUAGGCGCCCCCCCAAAACAAACCCUUGUUCCGGUCCUUUCUCUCUCUUUAUAUAUAGACCCCACACCACCUCCCCUCUUCUCCCUCCUCCCUCAUUAUCUCUCUCUCCCAAGCUCUUUCUACCGUUUCUCUUCUAGUCGAGCGGGGAAAACAAAGAAACAAAAAAGCAAGGAAGCAGCUGCACGCACGCCGUCGCCUGGCCGGCCAUGGGGUUCCCGUCGGUGUGCUACUGCGUGAUCCUGCCGCAGCCGCUCAUCCUGGUGCUGCAGCUGCUGGACUUCCUGCGGCACGCCGUGCUGCUCUGCCUCUCCUCGCUGGGCCUCGCGGCGCCGCCGGCCGCCGACGACCAUCCGGCCUACGCCUACGCGGCGCCGCCGCCGCCGCCGUCGGACCUCUGGGCACUGCAGCCGUCGUCCCUGCAGCAGCAGCAGCAGCAGGCGGCGGCGGCGGCCCUGGCGCCGCCGCCCACGCCGGCAGCCAUCAAGGCCCGCCUGCCCGCCGUCCGGUACGCCGACCUGCUCGGGGCCCGCCGCGCCCCGCCGGGCCCGGCCGUCUGCGCCGUGUGCCUCGGCGCGCUCCAGGCGCGGCACCGCGUCCGCGAGCUCGGCAACUGCGCGCACGCCUUCCACAAGGCCUGCAUCGACAAGUGGGUCGACAAGGGCCAGGCCACCUGCCCGCUCUGCCGCGCCUUCCUCCUCCCCGGCCUCAGCGCCGGAGACGGCGACGGCGACGGCGACGGCGAGCUCGCCUCCUCCUCCUUCCCUUUCUCCUUCUGAACCCACGCGUAGUACGUACGUACGUACGCGCGCGUGCUCCAGCCGACAAGCAAAAGUGAAGGCGCACGGCCGGCGGCGUGCGUAGUACGUGUACGUACGUCCCUGCAGCCCGGCGGCCGAUUGGGAGGCAGAGCAAGGUCAGUAGCAAAGCCACCUACCUACUUACUACACUACUCCUGCUAGCUGAUGAGACACGAGCCCCGUCGUACGGCCGGCCCCGGUCCUGUGACCAUCCAUGGAUCCCGAUGAGACGAGCAAGGAAACAGAGGAGAGAGAAGAGGAGGUGUCAGUGAGCGUGAGGUGGUGCAGUAUUAUUGGUAGGUGAGGCACAAAUUAUGAGGAGGACAGGGAUGGCUACCUGCAUUGGAUCUGGUGGAUGCGUAGAUCCAUCCACUCCGCACUGCUCCACCCUUUUCUCCUGCAGUGCAGCUCCAAUUCACACCCCCCCUCUCUCUUUCUCUCUCUUUUGUUUAUUAAUUAAUAAUUAUUAGUUUCCUUUUCUUUUUUUUUCUUUCUCUCUCUAUCUUUCUUUCUUUUUUCUGUGGUCCCUCCUAUAUAUUAUUAACUUGAUCUGCGAGGGGAACCAGGAGAGAUGUGCGUUGUACAUAGCUGCCUCCACUUGACAAUAAUAUUAUUGCAACGGAACAAAUCCCUUGUCUCUCA